CUGGUUUACGAUUUGGGAGGUCUCGGUUUACGUUUGGCACCACCGGAUGAUUCGAAACUCGAUACGAGUGGUGUAGAGAAUAACAAAUCGCUUCAAUCACAGGCAACUGCUCAGGGAUUAAGUCAGCUAAUGGAUUUCAUUCGCCGAUCGGGAGAUUCCGCGGAUGAACGAAAUUCAAAAAGGAUUUCCAGCAAAAUCUCUGCACCAAAUGUUCACUCGGCGAAAGUGAACGACAAGACGAAUAUCCUGGUCAAACCAAAGAGUUCGGAUCCUCCCAAUCUUUUUGAAAUGCUUCAAAAGGCAGAAGUCGAUUUCAACUCCAAGGUUGGUUCCUCUGUAGAACUCAGCAUUUUUGUAUGA